AUGUUGUAUGUCGAAAAAAUUGAUGAAUGCGGGGAACCUACAGAUAUUCUUCCUAUCGGAUGGAAGAGCCAAAUUGCCGCUUGGUAUGCCGAAGACUGUCCAUCUUUUGACUACGCAGGACUGGUGGUUGGUGAUGAUAUAGCAUCAGCGACGCUUUACGGAAAGACAAGUGGUUAUGUCGCCGGUGUGCCAUUUUUCAACGAAAUCUUUGCCCUCGUAGAAUGUAAGGUUAAAUGGUGGGUAGAGGAAGGCGAUCACAUUCACGUCAAUCCUGGCGAAAAAAGAAUAAUAGCGACAGUGACUGGACCGGUACGAAAGAUUCUCCUAGGAGAAAGAAUCGGACUUAAUUUACUUAGUCGAAGCUCGGGAAUUGCGACAAUGUCGGGACUUGUUAGGCGAAGUUUCAGACAUAGCAAUAUUGAACGGGUAUUGGUCUACAAUCAAACAACCCCGGGCUUCAAACUUGUAGAGAGUUAUGCUAUGAAGAUCGGAGGUGUAAAUCUCCACGAUCAGGAUCCUUCGAUGAUGAUUAUGUUGAGUACAAAUCACGUUCAAGUAUGUGGCUCAGUAAGCAAGUCCAUAAAAGCUGCUAAAGAUAUAUCUGGGAAUGCUCUCAGAGUUUGGGUGGAAGUAGACAACCUGGACGACGCGACUCAAGCUGCUCAAGCUAACGCAGAUGUUAUCAUAAUGAGGUCCCUACCACUCAAAGAAAUCGUUGAAUUAAUUAAGAUUAUCAGAAAAAGUACAGAGUCAUUAAGCAAAUUUGGCGUUGAAGUCAUUCAGUAUUUUGAACCAGAGUUCAAACAGAUUUGCAAUGGUGAAGAAGUAGAAUACCACCACUGGGGAAACAGCGGCUUAAACGUUAUUUUGGCAAAUAAUUUUGAGGGUGCACCACACAUUGAUUUCUCACUGAAGUUAGACCAUUGA